ACCUUCCUUCUUCCUCAGUUUUUGCUCUUUCUUUUUUGGAACUGCCUGCUGCUCUCUCUUCUUUGUAGUGAGAUCUUUUUCCCCCUCUGACAUGCUGCUACGUUUAGUACCUGAGUUGAGAUUCGUAGAAUCGUAGUACCUCAUGUCAUCAUUGAAGUGAGAAAGGCCUGAUUAAGUUGCCCCUGAAUUUGCCUGUAAGAGCGUGUCCUAUAGCUGAAUUUAUUGGCAGUGUUUGUUGUUGUGUCAGGCUGCUUUACUGCUGCCGAUAUGCAUGUGUCUUUUUAGAAAACCUGCAAGCUGAAAUAAACAUCACAUAUGGUAGUAAUGUUGAUAGGAAAAAUUUGCAUAUUUGCCAGACCGCUGGCAUGUUCAGUAAACUUCUGCAGGGCUUGCUAAAGUGGAUAAUUAAACAUGAACUUCUAAUCGGCAUCUGUAUCGAUGUGGUUGUAUGCACUGACUGUUUCGCCGGUAUUAAUAUUUCUGUCGCUCUUUGCUAUGUUGUUCUUUGUAUAAAGUUGUUGACCGGCUUGGUUGGAUUUGUGUGCUGAUCUUCCUGUAUUUCCACCCUUAAUAUAAUGCAUGCUAGAUUCGUGUUUUUAUUGUUCAUCUGCUACAUUUUAAUCUGCGUUUUAGUUGAAGCGCCUGAAAUCGAGUCUACAGUUACGACCUGUUAGCUAAUGUGUGCUUUUAUGAAAAUAAAUAUACUACUUUUCGUAUUAUGAUUUUGCUUGCUUAUGUGGAGAGGUAGGAAUCUGGUUUAUAUUCAGAUUCGUGUCCUCAUUUUAGGUUUGUUAUUUUUAAAGCUGCAGCCUAUUUCAGUGCUAAUACAGUGCAUGCGGUGUGUGUUUUAGUUGAAUUGGUUGAACUGGAUGCUACAGUUACGGUUUGCUAGCUAAUGUGUGUUUUAUGAAAAUAGUAAUGAUAGGUUUCGUUUCGCUGAAUUUCCGUUGUGGCCUGGUGAUUACGAUUUUGUGGCGGGGUUUGUAGUGCAUGUUUCUGGUAGUAGUUUUAGAGUUCUGAAUUUCAUUCAGGUUUGGUGGUGUCCGAGGGUAGACGGUGUUUGCUGCUUUUGGUUCUGGUCAUGAUGUCGUGGACUUCUUAUUUAUUUGGGUCGUGAUGCGGUUGUGUAAGUUUAGUUAAAAAGGUGGGUUGGUAAUCGGAGUGCAUGUUACAGAUGGUGGUUGUAGAAUUUGUUGUUCCUCUCUUUGUUGGUUAGGAGAGGAAUUGGAUUUAGGUAUGUCUUUUUGGGUUGGUUGAUGGUGGGUUAGUGUUUUUUUUAGUUUCUCUGGGCUAGCUGUUUUGCUGUACGCAAUGGGCGCCGGUACAGGUGGGUCGCGGGCGUCGGGGAGGAAGCGUCGGGGUAUGUUUCGUGUGCUGUUCUUUUUCUGUUUUCUUUUGGCUCUGUCUUAUUCAGUUUGUGUUCUCCGUAGCGGAUUUGGACGGUGGUACGGAGCGGCGUGUGGCUCCGCGGUUGGUUCCAUCUUCUGCAAACUCGGGUGCUCCGGGUAUUGUUUCUAGGUGUUCGCCGUGUAGGCGUCGGGGGUUUGUUCCUUUGGUUUCGCCUUCGCCGCACUUUUUUGUUACUGUCCCUUCGUCCCGCCCUCCUGGUAUUAUUCUUUGAUUCUUUUCUUUCAUUUUGUUUGUCAUUUUUGUUUCUUAGGGUUUGGUGUUUGUUGUAGGGGAUCUUUUUUCCCGUAUUUGUCCGUAGAGAUGGCGCGUGAGAACCGAAGGCGUCGUCGUGUUCGGAGGAGGCCUUAUCUUUUUGGUGAAUUCUAUGUUUUUCCUGUUUCCUUUUUCGUUUUGUUUUGGAUUUGGCUGCUAAGCGUGCACUGUAUAUGGAUUUUAGGUGUCCGGCCUCCCGUUUUGAAAACUGGUCGUCCAGUUAGAAUGUCUCGAGAUUAUAUUGCCUUUUUGAAAGGUUUGUUUGUCACUAAUUGUUUUUGGUUUCUUUUAUUUUGGGAUGCUUUCUAUUUCGUGCCUGCUUUACUGUGUUCGUUGUUUUUUUUGCAGCUUCUUUUCGUGGGAGGUUGUAUCUCGGUAGCCCUGAAUAUACAUGUACUUAUUGCAAGGCUUUUUUUUUGGUAUAAUGAGCGGGCUACUCAGUUGAGUAAGUUCCAUAAAAGGAAGAUGUUUACUAAUCGUUGCUGCAAGGGUGGUAGGGUAUGGUUGGAACCGUAUAGGCAGUGGCCGGCUCCUCUUGAUCGGUUGAUUGGGUUUGGUGAUGGAGCUGGGUCGUCUCAGUUCAUGCGGUUGAUCAGGUCUUACAAUAGCAUGUUUGCCUUUUCUUCUCUGGGGGUGAAGGUUGAUGAUAGUAUAAAUACGGGGCGGGGUCCUUAUGUUUUUCGUAUUAAUUGCCUUCCUUCGCAUCAUAUUGGUUCUCUGGUUCCCGCGCCUGAUAAAUCGCUGAAGUUUGCUCAGCUGUAUAUUUAUGAUACCGAUAAUGAGAUUGACUAUCGAAUGGCUGUAUUUGAUGGUGAGGGUGGAAGUGGGGUUGAGGGGGAUAGUGGUGCGGCUCCUGAUCGGGACAUUGUUGUUUCUCUUACUGCUAUGCUUGAUAGUUGUAAUGCGUUGGUCAGACAGUUUAGAAUGAUCCGCGUUUCUCGGGAACGGGUUGAGCUUGCUGGUGCGCCAUUUAGGCUUCGAAUUGUUGGUUCAUCUUCGGAUGAUCCGAGGGUUUAUAGUCCUCCUACCGCUCCUGAGUUAGCGGCUCUUAUCGUGGGUGAUCUUGAUGCUGAUAGGUGUAAGUUUGAUAUUGUCGUUGAGCUGGAGGAUGGUCGGUUGAAGCGGAUAUCUCCUUUGCAUCCUGCUUUGAUCUCUCUCCAAUAUCCUCUGCUUUUUCCUUAUGGCGACAAGGGUUUUCAUUUGGGUAUUAGUUAUAUGGGGCCUGAAGACGCUUCGGCAGGGGGCAGGUCAGAAGUUAGUAUGCUGGAAUACUAUGCUUACCGAUGUUGUUAUAGGAAGGGUCAGGCAAUUCCGUAUCUUUGUCGUGGGCGGCUUUCUCAGCAGGCAUGUGUUGAUGCUUUUGCAUGUGUUGAAUCGAAUAGGCUUUCUUUUAUCCUUAAAAAUCAGGACAAGUUCCGUAGUGAGACAUACCAGGGCUUACUGAUGCUGUGGGACAGGGGUUGGCCAGUGGCAGGAGUGUUGGUGUUAAGGUUGUUUUGCCUUCUGGUUUCGUUGGUUCUAAGCGGUACAUGGCACAAAAUUAUCAGGAUGCGAUGGCUAUUUGCCGUUCUUAUGGCGCUCCUGAUUUAUUUGUGACCUUUACCUGUAAUCCUAAAUGGGAUGAGGUUGCGGAUGCUCUUAGGUCUGAGCCUGGUCAGAAGCCGGCAGACAGACCGGAUAUUGUUUCCAGAGUGUUUAAGAUGAAGCUUGAUCAGCUGUAUGGUGAGGUGAAGAAUGGAACGGCGUUCGGGAAAACGCGUGCAGUUCUGUAUACCGUUGAGUUCCAGAAAAGGGGUUUGCCUCAUGCUCACAUAUUGGUUUGGUUGGAUCGUCAGCAGCAGCGGAGUGAUGAGAUUAUUGGAGAGGCUUCAGCACAGCUUAUCGAUGGCAUUGUGUCAGCUGAGUUGCCUGAUGUGUUGGAAGAUCCUCUAGCAUAUGCUUUGGUCGAUGAGUUUAUGGUGCAUGGUCCUUGUGGUAGGAUGAACGGGAAAUGUCCGUGUAUGAAAGAUGGUGCUUGCUCGAAGAGGUUUCCGAAGUCUUUUUGUGAGGAGACACAUGUUGAUCAGUCUGGCUAUCCUAUUUAUAGGAGGCGUGAUGAUGGACGGACUGUUGUGAAGGAUGGUCACGUUUUGAAUAAUAGGUGGGUUGUUCCGCAUAAUGUUGUUUUGCUUAAGAGGUACCAAGCGCAUAUGAAUGUUGAGUGGUGUAACAAGACUAACUUGGUUAAGUAUCUGUUUAAGUAUAUCACAAAAGGCCCAGAUCGGGCAAACGUUGUUGUGUGUCCAGUGGGAGGUUCUUUGACUGGACAGCAGCCUGAGGCGCCGGCAAAACCACUCCUCCACGUGUCGAUACAAACGGACAUUUGUGAUCACUUUUGGCCAUCCGAUAUACGCCGCUCCGUUGGAUAUGUCCUCACACACAAACGUACGAACGAAACUGUGAACACCAAAGACGAGGCACGGAAGCACGCCUGGCAGCCGGCGCAGCGAAGCGCGCUGCCCAUCUAGUACUACGUACAUGUC